GUUUUCCAUCUUCUAAAGCAAAUAUAAUCAUGCAAUGAUUGGGGAAUAAGACAGCUACACAUGUUCCAAAUUAUUUUUAAUAGUUAUGACUCCCCGCUAUCGCUUUAAUACCAAUUCGGUGCAAUUAUGAUCCGACGUCCUUCUAUAUGUCCAGUUGAUAAAAACACCAUAACCAAAAAUACAACUGGUGGAAAAAGGAAACAAAAAGAAAGCAAGCCAACUAAAGGACAGAAAGGGAAAAACAUUGGAAAAAGAUGCGGAACUAACGUACCAAUCACUCCACAAAUGAUACGCGAUGCUGUAAAAGCUCUUCAAACCAGGAGGGCUUUUAUAAGUUCUUCGCUUAUUGGUCAUCACUUAAGAAAAUCUUACCCUGUACAAAAUGAUCCCAAAGCACUGAAAUCAGAAUUGCAUGAAAAAUUACAUUGUGCUGUAAUUGUUGGCUUAAUAGUCAGAUGUGGCGAAGAUAAAUAUUGUUUACCGACUCUACGUCAACAGGCCAAUACAAAUAAGACCGCUAUUAGUGCCUUUUGGGAAAGAUAUUACAAUAUUAUGGGAACUUAUGACGGAGGCAGGUACAUAACGUAUACAUUGCCAAAUGUAAGGAUACAUACCAAACAAGAUACGAUGGAUUCUUCUAGUGAAAGUGAAAGCAAUGAUCACGAAAGUGGUGCUAUCGGUUCAUGACCAUCAAGUCUUUACGGUAGUGGAAUUUU